GCGCUGUAAGCGGCAUGGCGUGAUUGGCUGGGGGCAGUCUUCACAUGGGCGCUGCUCUCCACUGGACAGACGCCUUAAACUGAUCGCCUGGGCCACGGUUCCACAGCUGGUAUUUAGCGAGUACUGUACUUAUUACAGCGGUAGUUUACAGUGGUGUUGUACCUGAGAACACUGGCCGCAGCAGCUCAUGCGGACCUUCUGCUGGCCUGCUGACAGCUGGUGGACUGCCACCAUGUGACGCCGCUUUGCUGCCACGAGUUCAGCACCAACAAGCAAUCGCGUGAAAUUCCGAACAAGAUACAAACAAAUGCGUUGUUCAUAAAUAAACGACGUCAAGUGCAGUUACCCUAUGGAUCCCAACCAGCACAUACGGGACCUACGCACAGGGUAGUGGGUUGGGCUGUUGGGUUGCAGGGCAGAUAGGUAGCAGGGCAGAUAGGUAUUCGUAUUCGCCUCAACAAUACGCCACUAUCUGAUAGAGAUUCUGCAGGUGUAUGCAGUACACUCAGAGGCGUACUAUGGCGAUAUCGAUCAGGCUGUGCAAGGAGGUCCCCGCUGGUCCGUUUGACAGGCCCACGAGUCCAAGUUCAAUGCCCCAUGGCGACGUUUAUUCAGAUUCUCCAGAUAUGAAGGACCUUCUAGCUGCAGACGCAAGACCAAAAUCGAAACUCAAAACAAAGCAUUCCUCAAAAUUAUUGAUAUAAAUACCAAAUCUCUCUAUAUCGGCCUUUAUCCUACCGUGGUUCGCUUACAGUGCCCCUCAGCCACAAUGUUCCCCUCACGUGUGGUUGAUGCCUAUAUAAACAAGGCUUCGAUGCGGCAAGCAUCAUCGCUAGAACCUCAACUACUUCACAUAAAAUAAGCUAAAAUGACAGUCUGCCAAGUCUGCGAGUCGAUUGCCUUCGACGACCUACCAGGGUUUCCGUGGGAUAGCUAUGCGACCGGUCUCAGUGGCAAACAGUAUCAGCAUUCAUUUUACCGAAUGCUGCCUGAACCGCCAGACGCAGCAGUAUCCACCGUUAGAUAUCAUGCGAACCUUGAAUCUCUGCGAGCAGCGGCCGCUGCUGAAUGUGCGCUAUGUGUGAUUAUUCUGGCGCAAGUUGAGGCUCUCUUAGCUGAGUUGGUUGAGCUCCAUAAACUUGCAGAAGCAAGGGAGGCACGCCUCUAUCCAACGCCAACCUUUGAUAUGUGGUUGGUCAGACGUCCUGAUGGAGACCAGGGAUUCUGGGUAAUGUCUGAGGUCCCAAAGAGCAAAGACAUGUCUACGAUUAGUCUAAUUGCCGCGUUUGCAUUCGCCGUUCCUGAUGAUGAUUUACUCAACGAUGUGAUUCGUGGACGACUUGCUGAAGAAGAGCCUGGUGAAAAGUCUCUGAAACGCAUUGCAGAGUGGGAUAGGAUUUACAGUAACGACCGUCCACACCUCGCAUUUACACCAGGGCGCCUGAUUGAUGUCCAGUCAUCGGCAUCAAAGGAUACGGUAACACUCGUGGAAGUAGAGUCCAACAGUGGUGAUCGUUAUACUGCUCUCAGAUAUGCCCACGAAUCAGAAAUCCGCAGCUACUGGGAAGACAACCCUAAGCCAGACAAUGACUGCGUUCGUGUCGAGACGCUCCCCAAGACAUUUCGAGAUGCAAUCACUGUUACACAAGCUCUCGGGAUUCGAUACAUCUGGAUUGACUCUUUAUGCAUACGGGAUGGACCCCAGGCUUGGGAAAGAGAUUCUGAGUCCGCAACCGCCGCCUACGAAAAUGCGUAUCUCACUAUAUCAGCCACAGGCUCCAGCGAUGUAAACGACGGACUCUUCUUUAAGCGUCCCUUGCAAACUAGCACCCUCAUUGUUUACAAAAAAGGAGCAAACAUUACAGUAUUUGUAUAUGCGAUUCUACGACCGCUUGUCAAGGAGGUCGUAAGAGACCGAUACAUAGAAAUGCGUGAUGAGCCUAUUUCGCAGGGCCUGUGGUCUUUUCAAGAGCGCGUCUUUUCACCGCGGACAGUCCACUUUGCUUCUGACCAGAUGUACUUUGAAACUCUCUCGUGCUUUGUCGCUGAAGACGGUCUAUUGAAGUGUUCAGCCUACCACACCAUUGCGGAAACACUACCCGAAGACAACUUCCGUCAAAAGCAUGGCGGUGGUAGCCCGAUAGAACGAUGGCGUGCCCUGAUAGCUGAGUACAACCGGCUACCAGUAGCCAACCCACUAGACAAGCUUCCCGCGCUCGCUAACAUUGCGCGGGUAUAUCAGCGCAUGAUGGGCGGCGACGAGUAUCUUGUGGGACACUGGAAGAGCUCGUUCUUUGGUUCUCUGGCGUGGCAGGCCAUCAGAUCUACGCGAACAGGCGACGAUACUAUCCCGUCUUGGUCCAUCUUGUCCAUCGACGGUAGCUGUGGAGCACACAUCCCUGAGGGCGAAGCAAUCGCCGUGAUAACAGACAUGAAGAUGAGCCUCGCGGAUGAAUCGAAGCCAUUCGGUAGAAUUGAUGCUGUUUCACUGUCCAUGACGGCACCGGUGCUUCCGCUCAAAGUGAUGUCGAAGGACGAGCAUGAUCGCCCAGGCAAACGCAUAUAUCUAACACUUGCCGCAGAUGAGAGUAAAGAAGUUGCUUUCUUGCCCGACACCAUGAGCCGACAGCUUUCGCUGUCUGCUGAUAAGCUCCUGGAGAUGGAGAUGCACGCGCUUGUGAUUAACAAGGUGGCUCAAGUUAUAGAGCCUGGAAGAGGAUGCAACCCUCCAGAUAGGUUCUAUUGUCUUGUUGUCACGCCCGCAGAUGCGUCUGGAAAUAAUACGAUGAAGCGGAUUGGGCAAACGCAGAUCACAGCGCGCGACCUCACUGCUGAGGAGCUACAAGCAGCGCAAAGCGACGUUGUAUUGCUUUAA